AUGGCUACAGAGCGACUUCCAGCUCCCCACGGCUCCGGGCGCUUCCCGGCGCUUCCCGGCAUGGGGAACAUCGCGUGUGUCCCGCAGGCACCUGGGGGCUUCAGGAGCUCCUUCCGAAGGAAGCCUUCGCUGAAGAAAGCACAAAACGGCAAGAAAAAACUGCCCAGCUUUUUUGGUCUAGAAGGAGGGCAGGAGAGAGACACGACCACAGACAAAAUCCUGCAGUAUAUUCCAGCAAAGAUCAUUCAGAACCAGGAAAACCAGAAAGAAAACUUGGACCAGAGGUUCCCCAGCCUGUUCAAGAAGGGACGAAGGAAAACGACUGUCAGGAAUCUGGGAAAAAUGAUCUAUUACUCCAAGGUCAAGUUAAGGUUCCAGCACUGCCAGGAGGUCAACGACUGCUUCUUGGAGCUGUUCCAGUCCUACCUGUUCUUCCAGUCCAUGGGCUCCAAUGGACUCACCCACCAGGAGCUGCUGCCCCUGAAGGAGCUGAACGUGUGUGAGGUCGAGGCUGGGAAGGGCCCUGGGCAGCAGGAUCACCACACUUUCCUCAUCACAGGUCCUCGGCUGAACCCCCUUAUUGUGUUCUGCCCCACUGAGUCAGAGCUGAAGCAGUGGCUUUAUCACCUGGAGAAGCAGAUCCAGCUGAAUGGAGGUGGCCUUGCCUUGCCCUUCGUCCCUCAGAACGGCUGGCAGCAGAGCUCCAUGGGGAAGGACGAGCUGCGGUGGUGCAUGCAGCACAUGCCUAUCCAGGGGUGGAGUGGGACUCAGAGGGAAUCCCUGGGCCGUGUCCUCUGUGCCUCCGAAGUGAAGCUUCAGCAUCUGCCAUUCCAGGAGCAGCACGACCGGGUGUUGGUGCUUUAUGCCUCCACACUGGUGAUAAUUUCUGAAGAGCAUAACGGCUUCUGUUUUAAGGGCGAGCUGCCACUCAACGCCAUCCAGGUGCUUUUUGAAGAGAACGAGAAAACCUCCUUUUUAAUCGAAGGCCGGCUGAUCAAUUCGAUCCGGGUGAGCUGCCGCAGCUACGAGGAUUACCAGGAGUGGCUCUACUGCCUCAACACGGCCCAGUUUCGAAACGCCGACUCCUCCCUCUCCGGAUCCGAGAGUUUCUCAGGAUCAAAGCCGCCACACCCCAGCCAGUUCACCAGCAGCGGGAGGGGCUCCCUCACCUCUGACGGCCGCACGAACUCCUGGGCAUCGGGGGGCAAAGUGACCACCGUGACCCACCUGUCCCAGACCAGCGGCUCCCUGCCCGAUGGACACUCCUUCCUGCUGAUGCCUGAGGGCAGGCUGCUCGAAGAUGCCCUCUCCUCUGGCUAUUCCCAGCCCCUCCACUGCCUGGCACAAGCCAGCUGGCCAAGCACAGGGCCGCCCACACAGGACCUGCGGAGAGGGGGCAGCGCCAGGAAAUCCAAGGGCAAAUGUGGGCCGUGCAUCCAGCAGCUGCCCAGCCAGGACUCGGAGAGGAGCAUCUGCAGCCUCAUUCCCGAAAAUCCCAGCGGUGAACUCCCAUCCCCAGAGUACAACGAGCCGUACUCGGCACACAGCUCACAGCGUCACCCCUCAGCUCCCCCGUCACACCUCAGCAAUUUCCUGCAGUGCCACAGGCAGACGGGUCCAGCACAGGCAAACGGGUGCCCAGCAAUCCCUGCACCCCAGCAGCACCUCUCUCUGGAGAAAUGGAACUGCCAGCCCUUGCCCAGUGGCCACUGCAGAGAGGUGCCCACAGCUCCCACCUACAGCACCCCUGGCACCUCCCGCCGGCUCCAGCUGCGGGCACAGGCUGAAGCUGCUUACCUUGAGGAGAUCUCCUCUCUGCCAGAGGAACAUCUGGGCCCUUCACUGCACCCACCAGAUGGGAGCGUCAGCAUGUACGACCUGCCAGAUUCCAGCUGCCGGCGCCGCGACUCCGCCACCUUCCACGACUACGCCGAGCUCCAGAGCUUCCACAGUGACUUCAGCUAUGACAACCUGUGGGAAGCUGAGGGGAAGGAGCCAGGCACCCCACACACCUCCCCAUCUCCUGUCCAGCAGAUUUACCAGGUCUAAGGGAUGGUCUCCACAGCCAGGCACAGAAAGGCCACCCCCACCCCCCUGGGCUCUUUUCUCACUGGGCUUCCCUCCAGGAUGAGGAGCCCAGGGCGUACAAAGCAAAGGGAAGAGCCCUGCCCUGCAAAAGGCAUGUCCUGGCAGGCCUGGGCUUCAAAUUUCUCUCCUAAAUCUGGGGAUGGGGUCAAAGCACAGCAGCAGCAGCCCCUGUGGACACGGAGGAGCAGAGUGUGUGCUGUGCCAAGGAGAACGCUCAGGGAGCCCUGGCUGGGGAACAGCUCUGCCCCCAAAAAUGAAAAGAGGAACAAAAAGGGUCAGGCUCCCUCAGGUAAAAGGGGCUGGGUGUCCAGGGGAAGCAGUCACUCAAAGGCCAAAGAGAAGGGCUGGUUGGUGGCUGGGUUAGUUUGGUUCCUUCUCCCCAGAGCCCUCAGGCUGGUCCCUCUGCUGAUCCCCUGAUCCCUGAGAACAGCUGUUAAACCAAACCUUCCUCCACCGAGCUCUGAAGUCUGCAGGGACACACGAAACGUGUCCCAUCCUGCUAUACAAGUUUGGUAGCAAUAGCUGGUGCUCAUAGGAUUGUCUUCCUGCAAGAUCAGAGUUACUGGACAAGAGAUGGAGAACAAACCCACCAGAUCCGAGCAGAAUGGGACUUUCUUUCCAAUCUAUGCAAAAAAUUCCUUCCUGCCAGUGCUGGCUCCAGAAACCAUGGUGGGUGUCCUGUGACAUGAGGAGCCUGACACCUUGGCAGGUGGAGUCUAGAAAUGUGCUGCCAGCAAACAUGCCAGGUGACUUGUGUUCACCAAGGUCUUCCCUGGAGAGGAUGCUCUAGGGGUUCCUCCUCCUAGGGAAUGCCUCCUUUCCUCCCACUCCUCUGCACACGACUGGGCUCCCACUAAAUGCUGCCUGUGACUAUCUGGGCAGGGAGGGAAGAAAAUUCACCACAAGUCAAACUCCAGCUGAUCAAAGCAAUGCCAGUGUGGGCUGGGAUCCCCCUCUUCCCCCACCUCCAGGCCCACAGCAGGGCCAGGACACAAACAACAGGGGACAGAGUCUCAGUGCUAUUAUUCUCCAGCCUCUUAGGCCGGAUCCUUUGGCACAUAGAAGAUCAGCAGCAAAUCCGAAUGUUUUUACCUGAGGCUCCAAAUUCUUAACCUUUGUUCCCUAAAGAAGCUGCAAACCAAACACAGGAACAAACCCUCUAUUUUUGUUCUGUCACUGGUGCAAACAAAACAAUCCAGGAGCCCUUUGUACUUGAAUAUCUGCAUAUUACAUUGUAUUUUAAUUUUUUUUUUUUGGGUAUCUGACAAAGUUUACAUGUAAAGUUUGAGUGGAUUCUGUGUAUAUAACGUGUAAAUAUGGCUGAGUUAAAGACCUAUUUAAUUUUCUAGCUGUGGGUGAGGUUCAGUGCUGUGGAAUGGGCAGCUGUCUGCACAUUCACGAGUGUGUUGGUUUGGGUCUUGUAGCUGUCAUUGUUUUGUUUCAGGUUUGCUCUAUUUUGGGAAGAUUUGUAUCCAAUGACCCCAAAUUUAUCUAUUUAUUCAGAACAAAACUGCA